UAUUCGCAUGUAAUGUGAGCGCGCGCAAAGUUGGUGUAACUGCGACAGUCUUUUGAUGUGCUUAUCGUAAGUGUUGAGUAUUAAUUGGCAAAAUGGAUUACGCAAAUGGAGCCAUUGUCCGAAUCAAGUUGGAGGAUUUUAUGACAUACACUUAUGUGGAGGUACGGCCAGGCCCCAACCUGAAUGUCAUAGUGGGCACCAAUGGGUCGGGUAAGUCGUCCCUCGUGUGUGCCAUCUGCCUUGGCCUGUGCGGCACACCCUACACUGUUGGACGAGCCUCCAACGUCUCCGACUACAUCAGGCAUGGCGCUGACGCUGCUGUCAUCGAGAUUGAGCUGUCUGGCACAUCAGGCCGCAACACUGUCAUUGAGAGAAGAAUCACCCGCAGCAAAAGCAUAUGGAAAGUGAAUGGUGUUGUGACACCUCAGAAAUCUGUCGAGGGCCUAGUCGCAAAAAUGAACAUUCAAGUAAGCAACCUGUGCCAGUUUUUGCCCCAGGACCGUGUGGCGGACUUCGUGCGCAUGUCGCGCCAAGAGCUGCUCGAAGGCACCGAGCGUGCUGUGGGCACCUCCAAUCUGUUCGAGCUGCAUCAGCGGCUCAAGGAACUCCAGCAAAAGCGGAGCACCCUGGAGGCUUCGUUGCAGGGCCAACAGACGCGGCUGGAUCAAGAACGUCAGAAGGUGUCUCACCUGGACGCCGAAGUGAAGAAGUUCCAGGAGCACAAGGAAGUGCAGCAUCGUAUUGAUCGCAUGCGCCAGAAGUUGGCUUGGAUGGAAUAUGAAGGUGCAAGGCAUGUCUUCUUGGAGGAGAAGAAGCGGCUGCGAGAGGAAGAGGAGAAGCUGAAGGUGAAGGAGCAGGAGCAGGCACCACUCCGCAGCACGGUGGAUAAAUUGUCCAAAUUGCAUUCUGAUUUAUCUGAAAGAGACAAGCGAAUGAAAGGAGAAGUCACUACUGCUACUAAAGGCUUAGAAGCUGCCCUGCAGAAUCUCACUGAACUUGCAGAGAAGUUCUCGUCAGUCAAGCAUGAGCUUAGGAGAAAGAUUCAAGAAGAGGAAGGGAGGAGCGAAAGGAUCAAGAAGUAUGUUGACGAAGUUGCUGGAAUUGAGCGAGAAGUUGCUGAAUCAUCAAGAGAAGAUGUAGAGGAAAAGAUUAAAGGACUGCAAGGGGAAAUACAGGCAUGCAACCAAGAGAUCAGCAGCGUCAGCAAUGAGAGGGCUACUGCAGAGAACUUUAUCAGGGACAAGCAGCGUGAAAGCAAUGCGGUUGUGCAGGAGAUAAAGCGCAUCAAGGACCUGUCGAACCAGAGGCUGGAGCUCCUGAGGCGGCGAAGCCGAGAUGCCUAUGAAGCGACUAUGUGGCUGCAGCAGAAUGAGGGGCGUUUUAAAGGGAAAAUUUAUCCGCCUAUUAUGACUCAGAUUGACUUGCUGAACUCUGGUGAUGCCAAGUACGUUGAGGCGCAGAUUCCAGGGAAAGACCUGCUGGCGUUCGUGGCAGAAUACCCAGAAGACCUCAAUACAUUUCUGGCAACGAUCAGGGACACUCGGAAUCUCCGAAUCAAUGGAGUUGUUGUUCCAAUGGAGAGCUUGGAGUCCUUCAAGCCACGUAGGCCACUUUCCGAGAUCAAGCGGUAUGGCUUCCGGGCGUACAUCCAGUCUCUGUUCUCCGCCCCUGAUGGAGUGAUGCGCUACCUGUGCAAGCGAUACCGAGUGCAUGACAUCCCUGUCGGUGACACACGCACUGAGGACUGCCUGGCUGAAGUGCGCCAACUGGGGAUUCGGCGGUUCUACACCAAGGACAACCUGUACACCGUCAAAGUGUCGCAGUAUGAUCCUUCACGGACUACGACUAUGUCCUCAGAGCUGUCUGCACCCCGCUUGUUGACCAUGUCCGUGGAUGUCACCAACUUGAACAAGCUAGAAAAAGACAAGCAGGCUCUUGCUGAGGAAAUUGCUGCAAGAUCAGCUGAAAUGAAGAAACUUAACGUAAAGGACAGGACUCUACAGCAACAACUUGAAGAGCUGAGAACGGCAAAGAAGCAGCUUAUUGGUGAGCUGUCGCACAUUAAACAGCUCAGUGUUGUGCUUGAGCAGAAACGCAAUGCCCUCCAGCGACUCCAAAGAGAAGCCAUCAACCUGGACACGGAGCGUCAGAAGGCUGCCAUUGAGCAGCGAAAAAUCUGUGCCUGCAGAGUCGAAGAAGCGAAGAACUAUGUCAAAAAGCUAGAGGCCUGCUACAAGAAGCACCGUCUGUUUGCUGAGCACCGCCUGGACAUGGUGAAGGCUCUGGAUGACAGGAAGAAGGCCGAGGAAAAGCUCAGGGUGGCCCAGAAUGAGUACCACAAUGUGGAGAGUGGGGUGAAGAGCAUGCGGGAGAAGCUGGUGCAACUGAAGCGGGAAGCCCAGAAGAAGCUGCAUGAAGCACAGGAAGCCACCAAGUGCCCAUCCAGCACGCUCACCAUCCCACCAGAUGUGGCCAAGGAAUUUCACACACUUCCAUCUACGGCCGAGGAGAUCGCCAAGAAGUUGCACGCGGAAGAAGUGAAGCUGAGUUGCAUGCUUCCUGUGGAUGUCUCAGUUGAGCGAGAGUACCACCAGCGGAAGCGCGACAUCAGCCAACUGGAGACAGACGUGGGCGAAAACGAGUCGCAGCUGUUGCAACUGGAGGCGGAGAUGGAGGACACUCGGGGUCGCUGGCUGCCAAACAUUGAGCAACUGCUGCAAAGGAUAAACAUCGGCUUUGGCCGUUUCUUCCGUUCCCUGGGAUGUGCAGGCGAUGUGUCCCUCUACCAAGGUGAGCAGGCACACCAGUAUGAUCAGUUUGGUGUCAACAUCCGGGUGAAGUUCAGAGACCAGGAGGCCUUGGCCGAGCUAUCCGCAGCGCACCAGAGUGGCGGGGAGCGGUCGGUGGCCACAGUGCUCUACAUGAUGGCUCUGCAGGAGCUGACGAGUGUGCCCUUCCGCUGCGUGGAUGAGAUCAACCAGGGAAUGGAUUCGGAAAACGAGCGCAGAGUCUUUGAAAUGAUAAUGAACACUGCACGACAGAACUCGGCCCAGUACUUCUUGCUCACUCCAAAGCUCCUUCCGGAUCUUCCCUAUGCAGCGAACGUGAACAUGAUAUUCAUAAACAAGAGUACCACCUACAUCCCCUGCUGGAAUCCUGACGCGCUUGUUGGCCGUCGCUUCGGAUUUGCUGCCCGUAUCCAACAUUAGUGUGCUGCCCAUAUCCGACAUUAGUGCAUGCUUUUAUACCACGCAUAACAUGUCAGGUCAUCAUGUUGUGUAGCUGUACAGUCCAUCCAAGAUGCAGCUUCCGUAUGUUGCACUUUUGUAUGUUGCGUAAGGUGUUUCACCUUAUUGAUGUGUUUUGAGACACAUGAAGCAAUGUGAACAAAUCCCUGGUCUAAAAAAAAUUGUUAUACUGGUGCUGUUGUAAGAUUGAAAUGUAAUUUUUUUUUUUUUAGUGCCUGUACUCGUGCUGGGUUGUCACAGCUUUCAAAUUGUUCUGUGUGGUUUUACAACAUAAGGUGUGUCGUGAUAUUAUUGUAAAGGACCAGACUUAGAAUUUACACAGAGCUGCCUUGAUGUGCAUCAAGUUCCGCACAAUUUUAAUUUCGGUUCAGAAGAACAGGGAUAAAGUUUUGGUAGUAAUUGGGGCCUUAUUUAUGAAGGUGCCUUGAAAGCAUUUUUAGCUCUUUCUGCAUAAGCUGUGAGUGCACAUAAAAGCAGAAACUGUGUGUGUAUCAAAGAGUCACAAUGUUUGUAGCCUGCAUGCAACUCUGCUCUGGUGUAUUUUGUCAUGUACAGAACAGUGCAUUUUCAAAGGGAACACCCAGUUGGUAUUCGGCAGCAGAUUACAACUGAAUUAAAGCACGAAGACAUGCAGGCGGUUUUUUAUUGUAUAGACGUCAGACUAAUGCAUACCAUUGGCCAUCUUUGUUCCUAGGAACAUUUCAGUUAUAUUGGCCUUAUCACCAGCUGGGUGUUUUCUUUGAGUGCACUGUAUUGUACACUUAAUAAUUGUUCCACACUGGCCUGGCCUUGAUGUUAAAGCAUUACAUCAUUACAUCAUGUUUUUACCGCAUUUCAUUAUGUGGAGUUCUGGUCAACUUAUAUAAUAGCUUAAGUGUGAUAGUCAUGUAUAAUUUUAACAUUUAUGUUAAUAAAUGAAUGGAUGAAUGGACUAUAAAUAAAGCCUUAAUUGUUGACAACUGA